AUGAUUGACACAGCCCCCCUCGCAACCUCGUCCCCGUACGUCCACGCCAAGGAUGAUACUAAUACUAUCAACAACAGGCCUGAAACGAAGCUGGUGUCGCUGGAGCUCAGUGGCAGUGACGGCCAGCACGAAGAGCAAGACACGACGCAAGCUUAUCCCGCAGGCUGCAAAUUCCUGGUGAUUAUGGUUGGGCUGGCACUUUCGUGCAUCUUAGUGUCGCUGGAUAACACCAUUCUGGCGACUGCCAUUCCCAAGAUUACAGCGCAAUUUGCCUCGCUGGAUGACGUUGGGUGGUAUGGCAGCGCGUACCUGCUUACCAACUGCAGUAUGUGCCUAGUUUAUGGGAAGCUGUACACAUUCUUCUCAAUCAAAUGGGUGUACCUUUCGGCACUUGGGCUUUUCGAGCUUGGCUCCCUUGUCUGCGCAAUUACUCCCAACUCUGUAGGGUUGAUUCUGGGACGGGCCAUAGCUGGAGUUGGCGCCGGCGGAAUCUUCCCAGGGUCGAUCGUUAUCAUUAGCGAGUCUGUACCAUUGCGACAAAGGCCUAUAUUCACGGGUUUGCUCAGUGCAAUAUUUUCCCUCUGCGCCGUUGCUGGCCCUCUAAUUGGAGGUGCGCUGGCUGACCACGCUACCUGGAGGUGGUGUUUCUAUAUCAACCUACCGCUGGGCGGUGUUUCAUGUCUCUUUAUCGUGGCCUUCUACCAUGCUCAAGGUCCCCCCGUCAAGACCCGGAAUGGCCUGAAAGAUAUUGUGAUGCAGCUAGACCCGCUAGGGCUGCUAUGCUUUCUCCCGUCGAUGAUCAGCCUUUUACUUGCCCUGCAAUGGGGUGGCACCAAGUAUCCCUGGAGCAGUGCACAGGUAACUGCGCUAUUCAUUGUCUUUGGGCUGCUACUACUUGCCUUUAUUGCUGUACAAUGGUGGCGCAAGGACCAGGCUACCAUUCCGCCUCAGCUAAUGGGGAACCGAAAUGUCUGGGGUGCCUCGCUCUUUGCCUUUUGUCUGGCUGCGUCCUUGAUGGUAUAUACGUACUAUCUCCCUAUAUGGUUCCAAGGCGUCCAGGGCGCAUCAGCGACGAGGUCAGGCGUUCUAAGCCUGCCCAUGCUUCUAACGAGUGGACUAUGCUCCAUCAUGGUGGGCGCGUGCGUCAGCGCCUUUGGUGGCUAUAUGCCGUUUGUCUAUUUCUCAACAGCAGCCACCUCUGUCGCCGGUGGGUUACUGGCGACUCUUCGUGCGGACUCCAGUCCCGCCAAAUACCUGGGCUACCAGGCGUUGUACGGGAUUGGAGUUGGCACCGGCCUAAUGCAGCCUUUAAUGGCCGUGCAGGCUGCGGUCUCUCGAGCAGAUAUCCCAAGUGCUACUGCAAUCAUCAUGUUUAUGCAGACCAUGGGGGGUGCUAUCUCCGUGUCUGUGGCGCAAAACCUGUUCCACACCAAGCUGCUGACGAACCUUGCACGCCAUGCCCAUGUCCCUGAGGCUGAUGUGUACAAGGUGGUGGAGGCAGGCGCGACAAUGCUGAGAAAGGCUGUUCCAGGGGAGCUUUUGCUUGGGGCUUUGGAUGCGUAUAGCGCUGCUAUUACAUAUUCCUUUCGUCUUGCUGUUGCGUUUUCUGCUCUUUCUGUGCUCGGCGCUUUGCCCAUGCAGUGGCUUUCCGUCCGGAAGUCCUAA